CUCACGUUCAUUAUAUGAAGUCGUGAACAAGAUUCUGUGCUUGGAAUAUUUUAAAGUCCCACAAUGUCUUUUGAUUUUAUAAAUUCUGUUGCUUCAACAUCAAAACUUGGUUCCUUGAUGUGUCAUGUAUUACUAAUUGCGUUUUUUCUCAUUAAUAUUACAUCCCAUGGAACUCAAGCUACCAACAAGAAGGCAACCACAAACGUCGGAAUAAUCAUCGAUUUCGAUUCUCGUAUUGGGAAAGAGCAAAGAGCUGCCAUGGAAAUCGCAGCUCAAAACUUCAACAACAGUUCAAAGGGCCACAAGCUCUCUCUUUAUUUCCACCACUCCAAAAGUGAACCCCUCAUGGCAGCUUCUUCUGCCAAAAAGAUGAUUGAGGAGAAAAAUGCAGAAGUGAUAAUUGGCAUGGAGACAUGGCAAGAGGCAGCUUUAGUAGGAAAAGUGGGAAACCAAACUCAAGUUCCAAUUAUUUCAUUAGUAUCACCUAGCAUAACACCCCCACAAAUGCAACUUCGAUGGCCUUUCUUGGUAACAAUGGCGAAUGAUGCCUUGGCCGAAAUUAAGUGCAUUGCGGAUCUUGUUUGUGCCUACAAAUGGAGAAAAGUUGUAGUGAUCUAUGAAGAUGAUGACUAUGGGGAUGGCUCAGGAGCCUUAACCAUUCUAAAUGAGGCUUUUCAGAAUAUUAGUUCUGAGAUCGAAUAUUGUUUAGUCCUUCCACCCUAUUCAUCUCUUUCUGAUCCAAAAGGAGUUGUCCUAGAUAAUCUCUUAAAGCUUUUGAGUGUACAAUCUCGAGUUUUUGUCGUUCUUCAAUCUUCAUCACCUAUGGUGGCUCACUUGUUUAGAGAGGCUAAGAAAAUAGGACUUCUGCAGAGGGACUCGGCUUGGAUUAUCACAAAGAGCGUUACAAGUUUGCUAGACUCUCUUGACCACUCCAUCAUUUCCUCUAUGAAAGGAACUCUAGGAAUCAAGACUUACUAUGACAAAAGAACUAGUUCAUACAAAGCCUUUAAUGCCCAAUUCCAGUACUUUUUCGGAGAAGCAAACCCGGGAAUUCAUGCUUUGCGAGCAUAUGACAGCAUUGGGACCAUUACACAAGCCUUGGAGAGAAUGACUAGUAACGCUAGUGCAAAAAUGCUGUUGGAAAAUAUAUUAUCCGCCAAUUUCAGUGGUUUAAGUGGAAAAGUUAGUUUCAAAGAAGGCAAGUUAGUGCAUAAUCCAAUAUUAAGAAUUGUGAAUGUGGUUGAUAAAGGAAGUUACCACAAACUUGACUAUUGGAAUCUUGAGUAUGGAUUCUUUAAUGUUAUAGAAAAGGCUAAAAUUGAAACUAGAGGUUCUUUUGAUUGUAAAAACUCCACUGGGUUAAGUGGUUCAGUACUUUGGCCAGGGAACUCACGGAAUAGCAAACCAAAAGGCUGGGCAAUGCCUACGAUUUCAAAACCACUAAAAAUUGGAGUUCCUGGUAAAACCCAAUUCCGAAAGUUUGUGACGGUUGAUGAGUCGAAAAAGUACUCAAAUGAUCAGGGGUAUGAUGGUUUAUGCGUAAGAAUUUUUAGAAAGGUUCUACAACGUUUGGAUUAUGAUAUCCCAUAUCGAUUUGAAGCCUUCUACGGCACAUAUGAUGAAUUAGUUGAUGCUGUCUAUAACAAGACUUUUGAUGCUGUUGUGGGCGACGUGACCAUUCUAGCUGACCGAUUGGACUGCGUUGAGUUCACUCAGCCAUACAUGGAAUCAGGGCUGUCAAUGGUAGUCCCCAUCAGGUCCAAAGAGUCAACAUGGAUAUUCAUAAAGCCUUUCACUGGGGAAAUGUGGGUGGUGACUGGUGCCAUCUUUGCUUACACGAUGCUUAUAGUUUGGUUCUUGGAGCAUCCCACAAAUCCAGAAUUCAGUGGCACAUUGAAAAACCAAGUUGGCACCACCCUUUGGUUCACUUUCUCAUCUAUCUUCUUUGCUCAAAGAGAGAAAAUUCAUAGCAACAUCACUAGAGUAGUUGUCAUGAUGUGGCUUUUUCUAGUGUUCAUCGUAACAGCAAGCUACACUGCAAGCCUUUCUUCGAGGUUCACCGUGAGACAACUAGAACCGGAAACAGAUAUUGCAUGGCUGAAAAGAACAAAUCAGAAGGUUGGUUGUGAUGGUGAUUCAUUUGUAAGGAGAUACCUAGAGCAUGUGCUUGAAUUCAAAGCAGAGAAUAUCCACAAUGUUACUAACGAAUAUGAUUAUGCGGCACAAUUUACAAACAAAAACAUAAUUGCUGCCUUUCUUGAGCUCCCAUACGAGAGAGUUUUUCUUAACAAGUACUGCAAGGAAUUCACAACCACUACACCGACCUACAGAUUUGGAGGAUUGGGAUUUGUAUUCCAGAAAGGCUCUCCUAUAGCCAAAGAUGUUUCAGAAGCCAUUCUAAAGCUAUCAGAAGAUGGAAACAUAACAUCACUGGUAAAUCAAUGUCUUAUUCCCUCGGAUGAGUGUUCAUCAGAAGACAAAACAACAAAUGAAUCUCAAAGUUUAAGCCUCAAGAGCUUCUGGGGUAUCUACCUUAUAUCUGGUGCCACUUCCACUAUCUGUUUUCUGGUCUCCUUAGUUCGCUUACAAUACAACUAUAGACGCCAUCGACAAACAAAUGUGGGAAAUCAGUCUAUGAAAAAUAUGGUGUUUAGAUUGGCAAGACAUUUCCAUAACGGUGAGGCUAGUUAUAGUCCAGGGAAAGUUACUAGUACUAGUAUCGAUGUUUCUGCUCCCGACUUGCCUAGUAUUGAUGAAUGGAGUUCGUCAAGGCGGGAUUCUGUCAGCACAUUAGACGCUCCAAAUCAUCUUAACAGUUCCUUUCCGGUUAAGAUUGAAACCCCGCUACAAACUCGUGAUGGAAUGUAGAUUUUAGAAUGCACAUCUUACUCUACAUAUGUUGUGGCUUUGCAUAGUGUUAGAACUUAUAAGUAGGAAUUUAGGACUGCAAAAGUGUACUUGGUUAUAAAAUUUUUGUAUAAAAAAGAUGUUGGGAAUUGUAUCGUC